ACCCCAAAAGAGCCACAACCGGAGGAAGCCGACCUUCCACCAAUCCUGCCUUAGCCUCUCCUAAGCAUGAAGGCCUGGUCUGCACGAGGGGGUUUUCGGCGGCUGUGUGCUUAAGUUAGUCCGCCGUCUUGAGGGGUAAAACCCAUCUCAGUACGCCCAGAUAUGAUCCGUUCGAGACGGCGUAUAUCUUCAAUCGUCCUUUAAAUUAUAAACUGAAGGGUGUUCUUAUCGCCACAUCUGAGACAGCAACUGAGUGGCAGGGCUAGAUCGCUCCUCACAAUGUCGUCCACUGCAACAGUCACAAUUUCUGCGGGAUCUAACCCGCCUGCCGGUACUCGUCAGUCUAUCCUCAAUACUACAGCCACAUCUUCAUCUGGUCGUCGGCGAUUGCAUUACGUUCCAAAGCCGUCCACCAAAGAAGCAGAACGGAAAUGGCAACUUGAGCAUACGGCCGGCGCCUUCCGCGUCUUCGCGAAACUUGGUUAUGCGGACGGUGGCAGCGGACAUAUCAGCCUUCGAGAUCCCAUCGAACCUGACACAUUCUGGAUCAACCCGUACGGAGUCCAUUUCGGUAUGCUGAAGGUAUCUGACAUGGUUCGAGUCGACGAAGAAGGAAACCGAGUUGGUGGUGGAGAUCAGCCUGUGAAUACUGCGGGCUUCAUCAUCCACAGCCAGAUCCACAAGGCUCGCCCAGACAUCAAUGCGGCGUGCCACAUGCACAGUCCCUACGGGAGGGCCUGGUCAACCUUUGGCAAGCCGAUAGAAAUGUUGAAUCAAGAUUCAUGCAUGUUUUACAAUGAUUUGGCCGUCUACGCAGGCUUCGGCGGCGUGGUGUUCGCAAAGGAAGAAGGUGCACACAUCGCGGCCGCUCUGGGCCCUACCAAGAAGAAUAUCAUCCUGCAGAACCAUGGCAUCUUGACUGCAGGCGGCACUGUCGACGAGGCCGCGGCUUUCUUCAUCGCCCUCGAGCGGGCAUGCCAAAACCAGAUCAUCGUCACUAACAUGAUGUCAUGCAACGAGGUUACAAAGACGUAUGUGGGCGAAGAAGAGGCAGAGUACACAAAAAGGGGAACUGGCACGCCAGAGGUCAUGUACAUGCAGUUUAAGCCCGAGUACGAAUUGAUACUGAAGGAGUCCGGCGGCGAAUUCCUCGAAUGAAGUUCAUUUUCGACGACCUCAUGACCCUUACGUUAGCAUUGAAACACAGAAAUAAAG